UGAUUGGUGCGAGAGGUGAGGAAGGCGAGGCUCUGAGCCGGAGGUUUUGUUGUGAGGGUCGGUUGUCAAGCAGCGGCCAAUCAGGCCAGGGGAUGGAGGCAAGUGGGGGUCGCGCCUGGAGCGGAGCCUCGGCCUCCAGAGCCGCAGCUGCAGCCCAGUGUUGAGCUGAGAUGGCUCAAGCCUGACAUUCCAUGACCCAGGAUCCCGACAGUCACGCACGGGCUGCUGCUGUGGAUGAUUUAAAACCACGAGGUGGUCCGGGGCUGGGAGACGAAGCAUUCCCUCUGCCUGGAUGUGUGGAAACUCCCUGCCAACUUGAUUGGUGGAUCUGGGGGGGGAUCCACCCCCACCCCACAAGGAAAGCACUGUCUACUGUGGGUGGAACUUCAGGUGCCAGCCAGCUGAAGGAUGGCCACCCCUGUGGUCACCAAGACGGCCUGGAAGUUACAGGAGAUCGUGGCCCAUGCCAGCAACGUGUCCUCACUGGUGCUGGGCAAAGCCUCGGGCCGGCUGCUGGCCACAGGCGGGGAUGACUGCCGCGUCAACCUGUGGUCCAUCAACAAGCCCAACUGCAUCAUGAGCCUGACGGGUCACACGUCCCCAGUGGAGAGCGUACGUCUCAACACCCCUGAGGAGCUCAUUGUGGCCGGUUCCCAGUCGGGCUCCAUCCGCGUCUGGGACCUGGAAGCUGCCAAAAUCCUUCGCACACUUAUGGGACACAAAGCCAACAUCUGCAGCCUGGAUUUCCACCCGUAUGGCGAGUUUGUGGCCUCGGGUUCCCAGGACACGAACAUCAAGCUCUGGGACAUCAGGAGGAAAGGCUGUGUGUUCCGAUACAGGGGGCACAGCCAGGCCGUGCGGUGUCUCCGGUUCAGCCCCGACGGGAAGUGGCUGGCAUCGGCCGCAGAUGACCACACGGUGAAGCUCUGGGAUCUGACUGCUGGCAAGAUGAUGUCCGAGUUCCCCGGCCACACAGGGCCUGUCAACGUGGUGGAGUUUCACCCCAACGAGUACCUCCUGGCUUCUGGCAGCUCUGACAGGACCAUCCGUUUCUGGGAUCUGGAGAAAUUCCAGGUGGUGAGCUGUAUCGAAGGGGAGCCAGGGCCUGUCAGGAGCGUCCUCUUCAACCCCGAUGGCUGCUGCCUGUAUAGUGGCUGCCAGGACUCACUGCGCGUCUACGGCUGGGAGCCCGAGCGCUGCUUUGACGUGGUCCUCGUCAACUGGGGCAAGGUGGCCGACCUGGCCAUCUGCAAUGACCAGCUGAUAGGCGUGGCCUUCUCCCAGAGCAGCGUCUCCUCUUACGUGGUGGACCUGACGCGGGUCACCAGGACGGGCACGGUAGCCCCGGACCCCAUGCAGGACAGCCAGCCCCCGGCACAGCAGCCGCCACACCCCAGCGCCCCGCUUCGGCGCAUCUACGAGCGGCCCGGCGCCACCGGCAGCGAGCCUCAGAGGGUGAAGCAGAACUCAGAGAGCGAGCGCCGCAGCCCCAGCAGCGAGGAUGACCGGGAUGAGCGGGAGUCUCGGGCGGAGAUCCAGAACGCCGAGGACUACAACGAGAUCUUCCAGCCCAAGAACAGCAUCAGUCGGACGCCACCCCGAAGAAGUGAGCCCUUCCCAGCACCCCCGGAGGAUGACGUGGCCACAGCCAAGGAGGCAGCAAAGCCCAGCCCAGCCAUGGACGUGCAGUUCCCGGUGCCAAAACUCGAGGUCCUGUCCCGGCCCCCAGUCGUCACUUCCACCCCUGCACCCAAGGCUGAGUCUGCCAUCAUCCCUGCCACCCGGAACGAGCCCAUCGGACUGAAGGCCUCUGACUUCCUGCCUGCCGUGAAGAUCCCCCAGCAGGCGGAGCUGGUCGACGAGGAUGCCAUGUCACAGAUCCGCAAAGGCCAUGACACCAUGUGUGUCGUGCUCACCAGCCGCCACAAGAACCUGGACACCGUGCGGGCCGUGUGGACCACGGGUGACAUCAAGACGUCGGUGGACUCGGCCGUGGCCAUCAAUGACCUGUCCGUGGUCGUGGACCUCCUUAACAUUGUCAACCAGAAAGCCUCCCUGUGGAAGCUGGACCUAUGCACCACCGUCCUGCCACAGAUCGAGAAGCUUCUGCAGAGCAAGUAUGAGAGCUAUGUCCAGACGGGCUGCACCUCUCUGAAGCUGAUCCUGCAGCGGUUUCUGCCCCUGAUCACAGACAUGCUGGCGGCCCCGCCCACCGUGGGUGUGGACAUCAGCCGGGAGGAGAGCCUCUGGCCACAAGGCUCUCCGGGGCCCCAUAUUGCCUGCCUGGCUCUUCAGAGAUGAGACCACGCCUUCUCCAAGACCCAGAGGCGGUGCACCAGGCAGCGUGGCCAGCAGGGGGCAGCAGAGCGAUGGGCCGGCGGGAAGGGGUAAGUUCAGACUUGUUCUGGGGAGAAGAGGGACCCAGCAACUCCCCCUUUCACGGCUAGGAGAAACAGGUGAGGAGUGGGCUCAUCAGCUCAUCCCCUGUCUCAGCCACACUCCCACUGUCCCGUGGAUGCCUCCAGGGCCAGCAGGUGUACACUGCAGGGGGCCAGGACCCCAGCCUUGCAGGUAUGGCCACCGCUAGGCUGACCCAGGGCCCACCACCCUCCCCCAUCCCUCCAGGAGGCCUCCAGGGAUAGGACCGGAAGGGCAGCUGCCCCGUCCUCCAAACAGCUUUCACUCCCUGCAGGAGCCCCCAGUGCUGGCUGGCCGGAACAGCUCCCCUGACCCAGUGGUCGUCCCUUAUGCUCCUGAGGCAGAUUCCACCCCAGUUUGGUGGGAGGGCCUCACUGAGCCCUGCCCAUGUUUUCCCAAGGUUGGGACCGGGUGCAGGACAGCACAACCCCCGUGGUGGCACUGCCCUGGUGGGUGGGGUGCUGUCCGUAGAGGCAGAGGGAGGAGGGGUGCAGCACUUACCUGUGGCCAGUUCACUUAAGGGGACAAGGCCAGGGCAGGCGGUGGAGUGGGGCCCACUCCGGCUGGGUUUUUGGCAAGCCUGUGGAGAGCUUGAGUUUCCCAUCUAUAAGAUGGAGGUGACAGCACUGUUGUAUGGGUCACAGUCAUGAUAAGGGUGGGGGGAGGGGGCCCCUCCUAGUCAGGAAUGUUCAGAAAAAUAUGAUCCUGACUUGGUGACCAGCCGGCAGUGGGGAGCCAAUGGCACGUGCCAGUGCCCUGCUUGCCCCCUGCGACCUGACCGGGGGUUCACGAGACCAACUCUUCCAGACGAUGCUUGUGUAAAAAGGUUAUUUUAAUAAGUAAAAAUGCCUAAGCUUCCAAAAGUUCUUAAAUAGGAUUUCAGAGGGAGGAAAAUGUCAAGAGGCCAGUGGGCAAGGCGAUAGCCUGGUGCCAGGCACAUGACGGGGAGCAGCAAGAUCCCCACCCACUGGCCUCCUGCCGGCCAUAAAUACAGCCCGGCCCGCGGCGGCGAGGGCCGUGCUCCUGUGUACACCUAGGAACACUAUAUACACGCCC